AGGACAGCAAGGUGAUUGCUGAUGUAGCUGUCUUGGAGAUGAAGACUUCCCACUGAAGCUCCAGUUGAAGACCUUUGGCGAAGGCCCUGUUGUUUGCGUGCAUCCCGCUAAGUUGAAUUUUGGCAGUAUACAGGUUUUAGAGGACGUUUCUAGACUGUCUCACCUUUCCAACCAGUCUGUCAUUCCUGCUCCGUUUGAGGCACAGAUGGCCCGGGCUCACUCUCUGUGGAGGAUCGAGCCCACCAAAGGUGUGGUUCCUCCAGAGGCGGAGGUCUCGCUCAUGCUGAUCGCUAACCUGAACGACACAGUGCUCUUCCAGGACAAGGUCCACUUGGUCAUCGAAAACAGUUCUUCCUACGUCGUCCCCAUCCAGGCCACUGGCAUUGGCACGACCAUUGUUACAGACAAGCCCUUUGCACCAGCCAUCAAUCUGGGUCCUCACUUCAGUUUGGAUCCCUGCAGGUAUCGCUUCAGGAUCACCAACCGUGGGCGCCGCACCCACCAGCUCUACUGGAUGACCGAAGGCUUCCCUCCCUUCCGCCAGCGCACUGCCAGCCUGCCUGCCAUCAACAGCACCAAGGACACCAGGGGCAAGGGCUCUGCCCACCACCCCAAGGUGGAUCCCCAAUUCCCUGUGUUCAAGCUUCGACCACUAAGGAUGGAGCUGACCCCUGGCCAGAGUGUGGACAUGCAGCUUGAAGGAUCUUCUGACAUUCCUAAGGUCAUAAAAGAGAGGCUGAUUUGCCAUGCCAUCAUAGGGAAGCAAUCUGGUAAGGAGUGCAUCAUGAAGGUAGAUGUCACUUGCGAAUUCAUUGCGCCCGUUCUACAGAUUUCCUCCAAAGAGAUCACUUUCCGAGUAGAAAAGAACCCCACUGAUGUCUUGAAGGCACAAUAUGUCCCUCUGACGUUGCAGAAUGUUUCCUCUUUGCCGCUCAGCAUCUUUCUCUCUUUGCAAGAACCCUUUUGCCUCUGUGACACUGACCAUGAGAAGCUGGCAACACCCCAUCAGCCCUUAAUGAUGGAUGUUGGGGAGACACACCAUCUUUGUAUCAGGUUUAACCCCCUCUACAAAGACGAUCUGUACAACCGAGUAGCAGAAGAAGUCCUGACUAUCCGUUACCUGGAGCAUCCCCAUAUAGAUCACAUCAACCUCCGGGGAGAAGUCUAUUUCCCAAACCUCCAUUUCUCAACAAUGAAUCUUGACUUUGGCUGCAUCCUGAAUGACACAGAAAUGGUCCGUGACAUUAGCAUGACCAACUGCAGCCCUCUUCAUGUCAAAUACCGGUGGUCCUUCGUGACAGAUGACCGUGACUGCCUCAUCCGGUUCAGCCCAAGAGAGGUCAUGCCCCCCGCAGAAGAGGAGGCAGCCAAAGAGCUGGAGGCGCCACAGCCACUACUGUUACCUCCAAGUCCCACUGGGAGCAAAGAGUCUGUGAGGGAAGCAACCAUGGGAGAAAAUGCUGAGAACCUGAGUGGAGAAGAGGCUUUGCUUAAAGAGACUGUGGAAUCUGCAGAGCCAGACCCUGGUGAUACAAGAACCAAGUGCUUACCAGCAGCUACUGAUGAAGUGGGAGAGGAGCUUCCCAAGAAGAGCCAGCCAGAGACCAAGGAAAUUGUGUGGUGUGUGGACUCUCAGGAGCAUCACUUGACUGGCGUGGAAGAAGUCUUUGACAUCAUGCCGCUGUUUGGAACACUGCAGCCGAAGGAAACUCAGAAGAUGACCUUCACUUUCUACGGCCAUGCUGAUAUUGUCGCCCAUGUGAAGGCCCUCUGUGAGGUGGAAGGGGGUCCCACCUACGAAGUCAUGCUGAGCGGUGAGGCUUCCCUUGUGAGCUACACCUUCGACAGGAAGGAGGUUGACUAUGGACUCCAGCUUUUUGACCACAUUUGCGUGACUGAAAUCACACUGAAGAAUACAGGGAAAGUCGGAUUUGAGUAUUUGGUCCUCGACACUAUCCGGGCUUCUGCAGACAACCCUCCGCCUGGCGUGCCGCUGACUUUGCCCAUAGCUAGUUAUAUUGAGUCAGGAAAGGAGCAGGUGUUGAAGAUCUAUUACUUGCCUGGCAUUCCUGAGGUCUUCCAGAGAACGUUCCAGAUCCAGGUGGCUCACCUGGAACCAGACAGCAUCACCUUGAAAGGGGAGGGCAUUUUCCCCAGAAUCUCCUUGGACCUACCCAGAAAUAUUAGAGGAAAUGAACGAUACAGCAUCCUCCUCAGAGAAGCCAAGCAAAGGAUGGAGCAAGAAACACAGAAAGAUUCAAGUAGUAAUUCAGAUGCCGUGGUCACUGAACCACCAGUGGAGGAGCCCAUCACCACACUGGAUACCCAGCUGCAGAUGGAAGUGGAGAGGCUCCUUGUCCAAGAGCAUGCCCUGGAGCAGCAGAGACUGCUGGCCUGUGGUGACCCAAUGGAAGACUCCUUGGUCAGUGGUCAGCGAGCUCGCCGGAAACUUGUCAAAGCCCAGCUCCCCGAAUACAUCUUGGACUUUGGCUACAUCAUCCUGGGCACCGUGCGCUCUCACAUUGUCAAAAUCACCAACACCAGCCCAUUUCCUGUGUCUUUUUACGCAGACAGACAGGCCUUGCAGGAUACAGGUUUCACAAGCGAAUUGGAUCGUGUGAAGAACCUGCCCUUUUGUGAAACGGAGACCUUUGAAGUGCUCUUUGAUCCCCAGAGCGCCAACCGGCCCCUCGGAGAAGUGGAAGUGAUCUUGCCCAUCAAGGUUGUGGCUGGGCCCACCUUCCAUCUCUCCCUCCGUGCCAUGGUGAUCAUGCCGGCCCUCUGCAUGUCCAAUGAAAAUCUGGCAUUCUCUGCUGUUCAGUGCGGCCAGUGCCAAGUAGAGACCAUUCAGCUUCACAACCAGCUGCAAGUGAUAUGUGAAUGGUUUGCCACCAGCAGUGAGCAGAUGAAAAAGGUGGACAAGCACAUGCCAGCAACAUUGCGACGGAAGAUGCGCCAGGAACUAAAGACCAAACCCUUUGUCUUUGAGAUGAUACCUCCCUAUGGGAUCCUGGCCCCCGGAGAGCGGCUCAACGUUCAGGUCAAGUUUGCCCCAAGGGAAGAGAAAUUCUACCACAACUUCCUGAUUCUGAGUAUUUCCCAGAGCACUCAGCAGCUGAAACUCACCGUCUCCGGUCAAGGCCUUGAGCCACGUCUAGAGUUCACCCCCUCUAUUCUGGAACUCGGGCCUCUCCUGCCUUAUGCUGCUGGGGAUGAGGCCGAAAUGGUGGUGAAGAACCCCUGCUCCUUCCCCAUUGAGUUCUACUCCUUGGAAUUUGACCAGCAGUACCUGCUAGAAGAACGGAUACUACGUAAGCUGAAGGGCUACGAUACUCAUAAUAUCCUUCUGUUGCCCCCUCGCAUCCCUGGAGAGAAGCUGCCCCCAGAAGUGCUGGAGUAUUAUGAAGAGCAGAAGAAAAUUCAAAGCGAGCAGGAGGCAGCUAAUCUGGAGAUUGAAGAAGAAGAGGUCAUUCACAUUUCUGAGCACGGAAUAAGGCCUCACCCCUCCAGCACUGGGCAAACCGCAUCAACUGCUGCCUCUGUCCUUCCUUCUCUUUCACUCCAUGAGGACAACCGGGCUUUCAGGGUGGAAUCCAAGCUGGAUCAGGAGGAAGAAGAGGAAGAGGAGGGGACUGACAAAGGCCAAGGGCCAGGAAUAGGGAGCCAGCUCAGCAUCAUCACCAAGCACAAGGAGGCUGUUGGAGAACUAGACAACAACCCUGUUUCGAAAGCCAUUGCCCGCCAUCUUGGCAUCGAUAUCUCUCCAGAGGGACGGGCGGCCAGGAAUCGCAGGGGCAUUGCCAUCAUCAUUCAUGGAGCUCCCCUGACAGGGAAGACAGGUGCUGCUGUGAUCCUGGCCAAACACUACAAUGCUGCAUGCUUGUCCAUUGAUUCUGUGGUUAUGGAAGCCAUCUCUGAUCGGAGCAGUUCGGCAGGGCUUCGGGCACGGGAACUCUGCAUUCGAGCAGCCAUUGAGCAAGCCCAACGGGAAAACGAGGAAGGUGGUGAAGGGCAGCCUUCUCUGGCUUUGGGCACCAGGCUGAGUGCAGAGGCUUUGGCCAAGCACACCUCAGAUGGCAGCCAGCAUAGCUCUGAGUCCAAAACAGGGCCCCUCUCCAACAUCUCCAGAGGCUACCGUGGGAGCACUGCAACAGCAAAGGGAAAAUCCGAAGGCCAUGGGUCACAAAAGCAGCAGCAGCAGCAUCCACAGUCAGAUCAGCCUGGGUCCCAGGUUCCAUCCAGCCCCAUUCCUAGUGCUCCGAUCCAGCGACGCCUCAGCAUCAGUGCCAGUGUGGCAGGAGAUUAUGGCUUGAUGAGCUGCACACUUCCAGAAGAGCUCUUGGUCGAGAUUCUUUCUGAGAGGAUGCAGCUCAGUGACUGUUAUCGCGGCAUGGUGUUCGAUGGGCUAGAAACCAUAUUUGCCCGCAGCUUGACAUCCACACUCCUCUGCCUUCUCAAAGCAAUCAACAACCGGCGCUAUAUCUAUUUUGUGAACCUGUCCCAGGACUUUGCUGCUAUGAAAGCCAGAGAGAAAAGCAAGCAAGAGCAGGAAGAACGAGAGCAGCAAGAAGCUAUUACACGAGAGAAAGCUCGUCUCCAGGAGAUGGAUGAAGAGGAGUAUGAUGCCCUGACAGAAGAACAGAAAAUCCAGUUUGACCGUGAACUCUUGCAGGCUCUGCGGGAGCGGAAAAAAAGGGAGCAGGAGAAGCUGGCUCGGGAGCUGGAGGAGAAGAAGCAUCAGCAGGAAUUGGAGCGUCUGCGAGAGGAGGAAGAGCUGAGGAAGAAGUCAAAGCGAUACAAGAGGGAAGCUGCAAGGGAGAAAGAAGAACCUCCUGCUGCUGUCGCCGGCAAGAAGGGCCAGCAGGGAGGCAAGCAGAAUGCUCCAGUGCCCAGUCUCAAAUCUGAUGGUAAGCUGAACGAAGGGGUAGAGCGCAAAUCAUCUGCAAAGGAUCGUCAGGAUGUGAGCACCAAUGACAAAGACGAAAAGAAAAAGAAAAACCGUCUGGUCCUGCCGAACGGGCAGCCAGUGGCAGCGCAGCCUCUGGCCCAAGACGAAGAGGAGGCCGAGAAGGAAAUGAUGAGCGAGAGCGAGAAGAGCCUGGCCCAUCGCUUCAAGCUCUAUGAGGCGGCGCAGAAGGAGAUCUUGCCAGUCCUGAUGUUCUGGGACAGAGUCCAGCUGGUCCAGCUGCAGCCCCCUGGUUCUGAGGAGAAGCCGGAGGAAGUGGAGGACCAGCGCCAGGCUCCCUCCGGCCGCAAGGGCAGGAAGGACCGAGAGAGAGAGCGCCAGGAGCGCCUGGAGAAGGAAAGAGCCGAGAAGGAACGCCUGGAGAAGGAACGGGUGGAGAGGGAGCGCCUGGAGAAGCUCAAAGCCAUGGAAGACCAGGAGGGCGAGGGAGGCGAAGGAAUAGGCAUUGGCAUCCCCUACCUGGACAUCCAGGUCCUCAGUUCCGAGGAAUCCAGUGGCAAGAGAAUCCUGGAGAGUGGCAAGUUGCCAGAUGUCGUCCAGGUCUUGAACGGUUUGGGGCUGGGUCCCUUGGGCCCCCCCAUCCCUCCCACUGCUUUUUUCUCUGUGAUCCCAUACCCAGAGAAGCGCAUGGCACCUGUCUCAGGAGAGGCUCUCAAGCACUUCACUUUCCUGGCAUCUGAAGAACUGAAUCUGGAUGAAGACAAGAAGGAGUCAGAGGCUGGAACAGAGGCAAUGACAAGCCUCCCAGCAGUGAAGGAGGAACAGAUCACCCCAACUCGAGGCAAAUCCAGAAAGGAAAAACCUGAGCCAGUUCGAGAAACUCCUAAGGACAAGAAAGGGGCCGUGCGUGGCAAGAAGAGUGCUCAGACAAGCCUCGGUACCGUAACCAAUCUGUCAGAGCUAGAUCAGGGCAGCCUCACAGCAGAACCAUCAUGCGAGAAGCUUAUCAGGCUGAACACUUUCCGCUGGACCGUUCCUGCUAAUGGAGAGGUUUCCAUUCGCCUCCAUUUCUCCUCCAUCACAACAGGAUUGUUCGAUCAGGUCCUGAAUUUUGAAAUCCUGGGAACUAGACGGCAAUAUCAAGUUUAUUGCAGGGGUACUUGCACUUACCCAACUAUCUCCCAGGACCCCAGGAUCGUUUUCCCCCACCGUAAGAAGAGCAUCAGGCCUGAUGAAAUCUUCUCCAGAAAGUACAUCAUGAGCACGGGUGUGCUCCACUUUGGCCCCUUGCUCUGUGGGAAGUCAAGAGAGAGAUACAAGGCUGCUCGAUACCCAAAUCACUUCGAAAAGAUCACCAUUCUCAACAUCUCCCCUUUGGAAGCUGAAGUGCAUUUCUUCUUUCAGUAUGACUCCAAGGCCUUCACGUACCUCCUGGACCCCCCCUCCAUGACCCUCAAGCCCAACGAGAAGCAGCUGCUGACAGUCUGGGCAUAUCCAACAGCCAGUGGUAUAUUUGAGGACAGCAUUGUCUGUUGCAUUAAAGAGAACCCAGAGCCUGUGACCUUCCGGAUCUGUUGCCAAGGGGUUCGCCCAGAACUGGAACUGGACCGCCGACAGCUGCAUUUUGAAAAACUGCUGCUGCACAGAAAGGAAACCAAGUCUCUCUAUCUUAAGAACCCCACCCCAUUGCCUGUGGCCUGGCGGAUUAGUGGCCUGGAGAACAUUGGAGAUGAUUUCAGCCUGUCGGAUGACUUUGGCAUAAUCCCGCCCUUCUCUGAGUACUGCCUGCUGAUGAACUUUAAGGCCACAAAGGCCCUCAACAUUAAGAAGGCCAUUCGCCUGGAGGUCUCGGAUGCGGAAAACAUAUUGGGAAUUGUCCAGAUUGAGAACAUUCAAAUUGUUGCCGAGGCCUAUGAUGUGGCUCUGGAUAUCAGCUUCCCCAAAGGUACAAAUGGUGGCCUGGAGUUUGGGGUUGUCAGAAUCACGGAUGAAGUGAAGCAGACUCUGUCCCUGAAGAACAAAGGCAAAUAUGAGAUUGGUUAUAGCUUCACCGUGGAAUCCACAGACCAUAGCAUGCCAAACCUGAGUCCGCUGUUCGUCAUUCAGCCCCAGAAAGGGAACUUGGGUCCCAAUGACCGCCCAGCUGCGGUCCAGAUCAUUUUCCGUGCAAAGAGGGAAGUAAAAAUUGAGGACAAGCCUGUUCUGCAGUGCCACGUUAUUGAGCCCAACUUCUCUGAAGGAGGGGAGACCAUUGCCACCAUCCCAAUCAGACUGUCUGUGCAGUGUGCGUUCUCCAAAUACAGCAUCACCCCUGUGUCACUCAUCAAUUUUGGACCGCUAGUGAACGGUUCCCGGAAGAGCAGCAGUUUCACCAUUGAGAACAAAGGCUCCCUCGAUUUUAAAUUUGGCAUCUGCCGGCAAAUUCGAGAUGCAACGAUCCCACUGAGGAAAGGAAACUCUAAUGUUAAAAGCUCCCGUUCCCGUGAAGCAGACGUUGGUCGGCAGAAUGUCACAAUGACCAUUGGCAGGCAAAGCAAGCGAGCUGAAUCUCUGCAAAGGGAUAUGAAUCUCAUAGUUCAGGCUCGCUUCUCCCUUGGCAUGUUCACCGUUAGCCCCGGCUUUGGGACCAUUUCUCCAGGAAGCCAUCAAGUCAUCACAGUGGAUUGCAUUGCAGAUCAAGUUGGGAAGUGUGAGGAGUACUUGAUUAUUGAGAUCACUGACAGACACCCUGAUGACAACCCCGGCGGCAUUCUGUAUACUCUGGAGGCUGAAUCGUGCAUCCCAGGGUUUGUGACCGAUGACAUCAAGAGCAUUUUCGAGGAACAUCGGAUUUGCAACCGCAGCGGGCUUAGCCAGGUGCUGAAGAUGGUCGGAUGCGAAGGUGUAUUUGUGAUGGACGAGAACAGGUUUAUCUUCACAAACAUCCUUGUGGGGCACCAGGCCUCUGCCCGUUUCAAGAUCUGCAAUACCGGCCGAAUCCCCUGUGACGUCAUUCUCGCCACAAAGCCGAUCUCUGCCAAGUCUCCUCUCCGAAUGGUCGACGUCUUUGAGCUCCAUCCUGUGCGGAUGUGCAUCCCUAGCCGCUCAUAUGCCUUUGCCACCCUGACCUUCUCACCCCAGGUCAUGCAGAGUUACCAGUGCAUUUUUGAGGCUUCCAUAGAUGCCGCACCCAGUGUGGUUGCCAAAUCCAGACACUUAUCAUUUGAGGUCACCGGAGAUGGCAACCUUCCUCAGAUCACCAUUGUGCGCCCUGUGCUGUGUAACAAGAAAGGGAACCCACUCCUCCUCUUCCGGAGGCUCCUGCUGGGCCACACGGAGACCCUUCCUCUUGUGGUCAAGAACAGCGGCAGCAUCCUCGUCCAGCUGCACCUUGAUGUGACAGAUGAGAAUUGUGCAUUUAGUUUGAAACCCAGGCCCACCACACAAUGCAUUUAUGUGUCUUCUCACACUGAGGAGAACGAACCCAGCGAAGGAGUCAAGAAACCCCAUGCAGCCUCUCUGAUCUUGCACAACGGGGAAUCAGCUGAGUUUGACGUGGUUUUCCAGCCCAACUUGACCCAGAGAAUUGAAGGGGUGAUCCACCUCUCUAUUGUGGACAACCAGUAUGAAGAGACAAACAUCCAGAUGGUGGGUGAGGGUUACCAGGAUGAUGUGACACUGGACAACAUCCGUGGCUUAGUGACAGACAUUGAUAAGGGGAGCACUGAGGAGCAGCGUGAAGAGAGCGCAGCGGAGACUGCCAGAGUGGAUUGUAUCCAGUUUGGGGACUGUCAUGUCGGGAAGCCCUACCAAGCGACGUUCACAAUCACCAAUCACAGCAAGACAGAUGUGAUGAGAUUUGAGUGGCCUGUUGUGAAUCCGUUUACUUUCUCCCCACAGAUUGGCCAUCUCCAUGCAGCAUGCACCAAGAACACUAUUCUAACCUUAAAAUCCAGCACCCCGAUCACCAUCAAAGACCAGCUGCUCAAGUGCAAAGUUUCCAAGAUUGCCUUCCAGCAGCCGGCUGAGCAGGUGCCUGACUGGGAUGAUCGCCUGCACACUGUCAAAUGGGUGGAUGUCUCAAAGAGCACCACCAGCACUCGUCCAGGAAAGAAGAAGGUGAUCGAGAAGGAUCCAGAACCUGCACAUCUCACUCUGGAAGAGGGUGGCCGGGAGCUCGAGCUUCAUGCAAGCGCCACGGUUGACUAUGCUCAAUAUAAAAUGGAGGUGGAUAGUGUGCACUUUAGGGACACUUUGCUCUUCCAGACAAGGGUCUUCCCAGUGGAGCUCUUCAACAUGGGAAGCGUGGAGCUGGAAUAUACCUGGAAGGUGGUCAUGGAAGAGAGUGGGAGGGCAGUCAACUUUGCGAUGGACCCCGGGCCAACAAGCGCUGAAGUGGAUGCUCCAUCAGGAACGUCAGCUGCCUCCAUCAAGGCCCAGUCCAGCCGGCCAGCCAGUCAGUUGGAGAGCACCCUGGAGAGCUUUUCUUCCUAUCUCUUCCCAACGCCCUCCCGGCCCCCAUUCUCCCUGGAGCCCAGAAGUGGCACCAUUCCUCCUGGGAGAUCGCAGAUGCUCCAGGUGAAAUUCUGUCCCCAGGAAGUGGGAGAGUUUGAAGGCCGUCUGCUCUGCAGCAUUGUGAACAUGAAAGAUGAUGAGGAAGGCCCAGCUGUGGCAGUGAAGGGGAAGAGCCUCCUCCCCUAUUGCCAUUUUGACCUGGAAGACUCUGAUUACAUUACAGCAAACAGACGCAAUCCAGACUUGCGAGGACCGGGUGGGAUGAGCCUAGAUCCCAGCACGAAAGUGAUUGAAUUUACCUCAGUAGGUGUACAUGUCAGGAACACCAGGAGCUUUGUAAUCAUGAAUCCCACCAAUGCCCCCUACUCUUUCCAGUGGGCCUGUCAGCAACAGGAAGAGGGGCAGGAGCAUGCGGCCUUCAUCUGCUUUACUGACCGGGGACAGCUCCGGCCGGAGAAGACCAUGGAGGUCAUAUUUGAAUUCAUCCCCCGGCAUCUGGACAUCACGGAAUCCUUUUGGACCUUCUCAAUCCCUGAGCUGGACAUUUCGGUCCCAUUCCUCCUUGUGGGCCAUACCACGGACCCCGAGGUGUCUUUGGACAGAUGUCACCUGAACUUCCACUCGCUCUUGGUCGGGCACGAAGCUCGGGAAAGCCUCAACAUUAUCAACAACGAGAAAGAGAGCUACAGUUUUUCUUUCAGAGACGGCUCCCGCUUUUCUGAGGGUCGAAUCAACAGUCUGAAAGUGCAGCCCAUGGAGGGCUCCAUCCCACCACAUUCCAGGAUCCCUAUCACCAUCUACUUCAUGCCAACGCUGAAAGGGGAAGUGAACUUUAACUUGAUCUGUGAUGUCAAGAAGAAGAGCCAGCCCCUCUGCUUGAACGUCAAAGCCACUGGUCACACCAUGGGUGUCUCUGUGAAAUAUGAGAAAAAUGAUGGCACUGUCACUGAGCUGGACUCUGACCAAACAAAACCGCUUCCAUUUUACGAGAUGCAAGUGAAUGACAUUGCUCACUGCAAUUUCUAUAUUCUUAACAUCGGCAAGUUCAACUUCACCUUCUCCUGGGAGUUCUGCAAUGCCAAAGCAGUGCAGCGCUAUUUUGUGAUCACUCCAAACACUGGUGUUGUGGAAGUAGGGGAGCGGGCAGAGGUUGUGCUCACCUUCCAUCCGCUGAAGACAUGCUCCUUGAAGGACGUUGAGCUCAAACUCCAGAUCAGUCAUGGCCCCACAUUCACUUGUGCACUGCAAGGUGUGGUUUCAGCUCCCAGCCUCCAUUUCUCCUUCACCAAAGUGGACUUUGGAAGCUGCUUCAUCUACCAUGCCGGAAUGCCAAUUCCCAGACGAACCCUCAUCAUAACAAAUAAGGAUAACAAGGAUGCAAGCCUGAACUGCUUGUUUACAAAUGCUGCACAUCUUGAGUUGGCCUUCCACGCAGAGGUGCUGAGUCCAGGAGGAAAGGCAGAGAUUCCAAUCAGUUUCUAUCCCCAAGAGGCUGUUUCCUACCAUGAAACCAUCACCUUUGAAAUCAAUGGGCUCUUGCAACGGACAGUAGAAGUCUCUGGGAAGGGCCUUGAGAUGAAGGUUGAUGUUGUUGACCCUCGUAACAAAGUGCUGAAAUUCGGAGCAGUCCCUCCAGGACACACGGCGAAGAAGACAGCCACAAUUGUGAAUGACAGUGUUGCCUUUGUUACCUUCCAACUCAGCUUUGUGUCUUCUGUGCCAGAGCUUCAAGAGAGCAAGGUCCUCACCAUGUCUCCGUGCGAUGAAAUAACUCUGAAGCCCAAAGGAGGUACCUGCCAUGUGGAAGUGACGUUCAGCCCCAAGGGCCGCAUUCGGCCCUUCAGAGAAGAGGUCCUCUUUGAGGGCCAUGGGCUCCUGCGCUCCCUCUUUAUGGUCCAGGGCUGCAGCCAGGGCAUCGAGGUCAGCCUGGACCAGGACCAUCUCCCGUUUGGAGCAGUGGUGUUACGGAGCCAGGCUUCCCGGCGCAUCAUGAUGCAGAACACCGGAGACAUCGGAGUGGGGUUCAAGUGGGAGGCCAAGCGGUUCAAGCCAGACUUCUCCAUCAGACCUGUGGAGGGUUACAUUUCACCGGGGAUGGACGUCUCCUUCGAAGUGACCUUCCACCCCCAUGAACAGAGCCCACACAUCUGCUACGAGAACCUGCUCUGCCAGAUCCAUGGCGGGGAGCCGCUGACACUCACCUUGAGCGGGUCCUGCAUAGCCGUUCCCCAAGUCAAAGAGGUAGUGAAUUUCAUCUGCCAGGUGCGGGGAAAACACACCCAGACCAUUAUGCUCUCCAAUCGGACCAACCAGACGUGGAACCUGCGGCCCGUCAUCGAAGGGGAGCAGUGGAAGGGGGCAGAGUUCAUUCGGGUGGAAGCCCACCAGCAGAACAAGCCCUAUGAAAUCACCUACAGGCCCCUGGCCAUGAACGCAGACAACAAGAAGGACCAGGGCUCCAUCUUCUUCCCACUCCCGGAUGGGACAGGGCUCCUCUACCACUUGCAAGGCACUGCGGAGCCACCUAAAUCGGCUGGGAACAUCCUCAGGGAAGUCCCAUGCAAAACAUCCUACACAGAGCUCCUUCCCAUCUCCAACUGGCUGAACAAGCCACAAAGGUUCCGCGUAACCAUUGACCUGGUGAAACCAGAAAAGUUGGAAGUCACCACCACCCUGAAAACGCUGGACUACGUGGAAGUUGCAGCCUCCGUCAAGAAGGACCACAAGCUCACCUUCUUUUCCUACAAGGAAGGCAUUUUCAGUGUCAAGGUGAUCUUCCGCAAUGAGUCAACCCAGGAAUUCCUGUUCUAUCUGGUCACUUUCAAGGCUGUCCCUUGCGGCCCCCUUGGCACCAUUGAGCUGACAACUCCUGUCCGGCAAAGCACCUCUUCCUUGGUGAAGGUGGAAAACCCCCUCCAUUAUCCCGUGACCUUUAAUACCGACUGCAAAGUGCCUGACAUCAACAUGCCGCCCCAGUUUGUUGUUCCUGCUCAGUCUGAGGGAGUCCUUGCGUUUGAGUUCCAGCCUAUGAGAUCUGGAGAAACCGUGGGACGCCUGGUGCUCAACAGCAACGACUUGGGCUCCUUCCCAUACGACUUGAUCCUGAAAGCCACCCCUGCCAGGGCAGAAAAGACCGUCUACUUCAGCACCAUGCUGGGCAGCAGCCAGAUUAUGAUUGCCAAAUUUGUGAACUACACUCGCCAGAGGACAGAAUAUGCCACCAAGAUGGACUGCCCUGACUUCCAUGUGGACAAAGUCAUCAUUGCACCUCCGGGGUCCCAGGCAGGCACCGAAAUCAGUGUGGAGGUGACCUUUGAACCUUGCCAGCUGGGGGAGUCGAGGGGGACCCUUUUCCUGUCGUCUGCUGUUGGAGGCGAUUACACGAUUCCCCUCUGUGGCACUUGUGUCCCCCCGAAGCCGCAGGGCCCUAUCCAGAUCAAGGCUGGCACCAGCACCACCAUCCCUUUCAAGAAUGUCUUCAUGCAGUCCAUGUCUUUCACCUACCUUGUGGAGAACCCUGCCUUCACCAUCAAGGCCACGGAGACCAUCCGGUCAAAGAAGUCGGCUGCCAUCCUGGUCUCCUUUGAUGGGAACCUCAGUGGCAGGAAAGCCGCAGUCACCAGCAAACUGGUGGUCUCUUGUCCUCGGGCAGCCGGCAUGGCUUCAGGGGUCUCCUGGGUUUACUACCUCAAGGGCAUCUUCCCUGAGAAAUGAAUUUUUGUUUAGGCAUUCAGCGGAAGCUGGGGUUGUUACUUGCUUGUUGUUCCUCUUUGCAAACAGAUCCCUUGCCUUCUUCAUUUGGAAGAGUAGGACUAAGUCCUUUUUGGAAGAGCCAUGGAACAAAUGAGGAGGAAGGCUUGCUGUGCCUUGUUGGAGGCCAGAUUUGGACCAAAUAAAGAGAGGGCAGCCACACUGUAGCAACCUAUUUAUCUUUAACUAUUUCCCCCCAGAAAAAAGUCAGCUAGUAAUGGGAACAGCCCACAUUUGCAAUGUGGAAAUGUGAAGGAUGCUCAGAAAGUUUUGUUAUGUAAGUCUUUAUUUUGAAAUAAAGUUAUUGAACAAAAUGGACCUGGUGCUGGAAGGUUUGUCACAACCUGGAUGCCAG